AAGUAAAAAUACGAGAAAUAAAGGAUCGAGCGAUUGUUUUACGGUUAUAGAGUUUAAAAUGCUCUCUUCCAAUAAGUUCGUCAGUUGCAUGACGUGUUGAAAACAGAGGUUUUGCUCUUCGCUUUCUUUUUUUUUAAGCAGUAAAAGUCAAUUAGACUUCGAUUCAUUCUUCACUAAGCGGGAAAUAGUUGCACAAACAGUAGCAAAUUGUGGCGAGAUCUUUGUCUACAUCAGGAUCAGUAAUGACCUCAUAAAUAAAUCAAAAUUUUAAUAAACCUACAAGGCUGAUUAAUCAGUCUAAAUGUUCUUUUUGACAACUCUUUGAUUUUGUCACAAGUAUUAUUUAGACCAUAGUAGAAUUCUACUUGAACGCUAAUGCAAAUGCUGCAACAUGAUUGGCUGAAUGAUCGUGCGCUGUCAUCCAUUAGUGUGCAGUGGCUGGAUGUCGUCUACGAAAUGGCGACGGUUUUCUUUUUUUUUCGUUUUUCCAAAGUUUUGGAGGAAUGUUUUGAUGCAACUGGUAAAUGAAUUCCUGACAUGACUGAAAGAAGGACAUUUACGGUUUCUCGACUAUAAAAAUACUUGGAAUCGUUGAAAAAAUGAUACGCACACGCACACAACUGCAAUUUCAAAUGACAAUCCAAUCCGAGCGAUUUUUCUCUUCUAAGGUUCGAAGUUUAACAAUACGUCGAGAAAUAAUUGGAAACCGUUAUUUGAAGUAAAUUUCAGGUAGACUUCUACUAAAACAAUUAGAUUAAUUGCUCUCAUUCUCGAUCUUCUAUCAUGCACAUCGUAGAAAUCUCGAGCUUAUAAUCGAAUUGUUAAGUAGGAGUUAGGAAAACUAAUAGAACAUCGAGCUAAAACUGGUUGCCACUGCUGUAUGCCCAUAAAACUAUACAUUCAUCUCCGAUAAAACAGAUUGAGAAACAUUUCAUAAAACAGCGACUGUUGGGAAUAAAUGAAAAUGACUUGCAUCAUCGAUUAGCUAAUUACCGAUGAUGGUGCAAUAGCUUGUAAAGUCACCGGCAAUGAUAGAUUCUAAUUUUAGUUUCUGUCGACGUGGUAUUUACCUUUUUCAUUCAGACGACGUGUGGUUAGUUUUCUUUAUUGAACUGUACAUUCACUACUUGUUUUGUCUGAUGCAAUGACCGUGAAAUCGAUAGUGUAGGUAUAUUUGUAAUUGUUUCUUGAAUGAAUUACACUGAAGUGCAGCUCUGUGAGUUCUUGGUCUGCCCGAAUUCCAGUUGCAUCAGGUCCCCGGCAUUUAGAAGUUACGGAUUUCUACCCUCAAGCAAGUCAAACGAGUUGCUCGGAGUUACAUGUAAUUUUACCCUAGUUGUUUAAAUUAACUUUUCUCAAGUCCCGUUAACAUUUUCCUUUCCAAACAACGUCGCCGUGUACUGCCGUGGUGCCAUUUUACCAGUUUUUAUUGCUUUCUCUCGGAACAGAAGGGCUUGGGAAAUCAGCUGAUAAGCUGUGAUCCAUCUAUCUUUUAAAGAAAAAUUGAUUUUGUGUUCCGUUAUCCCAAACGGAAUUUACCGCGAAAUCACAAUAUAUUAUGCAGGCCUAAGCCGCUGAAGGUCAUUGUUGUGGUCGCUUGGAACCAAAACUUCCGCUUAGCGUGUUCUGAACAAUCAAUGUCAUUUAUGCACCUUUGUACUUACGCAUCACAGAUCGCAGGUGUUAUUUGAACCCGUUUGAUUGACAGUUCCUUCCGCUCUCGGAAAUUUUGAGUGAGUGUUACACAGAAUUGCUCGCGUCCACACCGCCGGAUACUCUACACCUUCUUGUCAUUUGUAGCAUCCACCCAUACAUUUACAGAUAGCGUUUCGCUGCAUUGCACUAACCAAGUUCUCAAGAAUGUUCAGGAACCUGAGAAGUCCAGUUGCAGACGGCGAGGUCGAACUGGUCGACGAUGGGGAUUCAGUGGGCAUAAAAUACCGACUUCGACGUCAUUGCAGCAAAUGUCGCCUGUUUGUUCUUGCCCUUGUACUUCUCUUCCUGGCUGGUGUUAUAUUUGCCGUUGUUUUUAUUGUUACUAAGACGUCCAGUUCUGAAGGGCAGUCGCCGAUUUCAACCACUUCGACAAGAACUUCGCCACACCACCACCCCAAUAUGACGACGAAACUACCCACAGAGCGACCCACAGAGCGACCCACAGAGCGACCCACAGAGCGACCCACGGCACCACCCACACCGUCUGAAGUCAUUUCCAAUCAGUUGGACAAGAAUGUGGAUCCAUGUGACGACUUUUAUUCCUACGCAUGCGGAGGGUUCUUCAAAACCCAUCAUCUCAGUGCGGAACAGAGUAGCGAGACUGGCUUCACUAUCGUGAACGACGACAACAUGGAGGUUUUACGACAAGCUAUGGAGACUGCUGCCUCGAACUAUUCAAAGAGUUCAUCUAUCGUGAAAACUGCCAAGAUCUACGAUACAUGUAUAGAUACUGCUGCUAUUGAGCGUCGAGGGAUUUCGCCUUUGGAAAACUUGAUAAAGCAGUAUGGCGGCUGGACAGUGACUGGGGAUGGAAUGAACUCGUGGACAGUGACAGAGAAAAUGGGCGCCGUUCUAAGAGACUUGAAUGUGCAGACCUUGCUUUCCGUAUCCGUUCGUACAGACCUGCAGGACUCAAACCAACACAUUCUAAGUAUCAGUUUCUCCUCGUUGGGACUGGGUAUUGGCUAUUAUUUUGAUUACUCAAGUGAGGGCGUAAAGAUCCGGGAGGCUUACAAAACAUACAUGAAAACCAUAGCAUGUCUUCUUGGAGGAGGGGUGGAUUCCUAUCGGAAGAUGAUGGAUAUCUAUGAUUUUGAGGCCAAAAUUGCUCAGGUAAAUUUAUGAAAAUCUGCAAUUUAGCAUUGAUAGGUUAAACUAGUUGACAAAAUAACGUUGGUGUUUACUGUGAAAUGAACAAAGACUUUAAGAGUCACUGACUGGAAAUA